CUCACAUUCACCAGCUGCCACCCAACAUCCAGAUCAUUCAACCUUAAAUUGGACUGACCUCACACCCCUACCUCCCUGGAGUUUGUGCAUCUCCUGCAUCCUGGUCACACAGCAGUUCCUCUGGUUUGGAACGGGAGUGACACCACAAGAGGAGGAGAAAGUUUAGAGAAAUGGGGCUUGCGGCAAUCUUUUGUGUGAUUUCUCUGCUAGCUUUAUCGAUCUCUUCUCCUACAACUGCACAGACUCCACCAGCCCCAUUCCUACCUCCAUCUCCAGCACCUGCUCCUGCGCCUGCCCCACAUUUCGUGAACCUCACGGAGCUGCUCUCUGUCGCUGGCCCUUUUCAUACCUUCCUCAAUUAUCUACUACAAACUCGAGUCAUCGAAACAUUUCAGAACCAAGUUAACAACACCAAACAAGGCAUCAGUAUCUUCGUUCCCAAGGAUUCAGCUUUUGCAUCGCUUAAAAAGUCUGACCUUGGCAAUCUUACCCAAGACCAACUCAGGAUCCUCUUCCUCUACCAUGCCUUCCCCAAGUACUAUUCUCUAUCCGAUUUCAAGAACCUGAGCAAUUUGAAUUCUGUCAGCACAUUUGCUGGUGGGCAGUAUGCUCUGAACAUCACUUAUACGUUUGGGCUCAUCAGCAUCGGUUCGGAUUGGGCAAACCCGAAGAUUACUAGCAGUGUCUACUCGACAGCCCCAGUGGCUGUUUAUGAGAUCGAUGGGGUUCUGCUUCCAUUAGCAAUCUUCAGCUCUGAUCCACCACUAGCACCAGCUCCGGCGCCAGCUCCGGAGGCCACGAAAACAUCGGAUAUAACUCCAACCCAAAGUGCAAUCGGUGCUGCACCCAAAAGCUCCGAGUCAUCAACCAGUGGUGGCUCUUCAUACAUCGCCAGUGUUCCUCUCUUGAACUGCUUUGUUUUUGCUCUUUCCGGCAGUUUGAUGCUUACUAUGUGAGGAGUUGUGCUACCUGGAAGAUACUAUAAUGCAUAUGCACGUUCACUGCC